CAUAAAAAUGCACAUAUCGUUUCUGGGCUGGAUUAUUUUUGUCAUUAUUAAUGCCAGUGCAAUGGCUGAAUGGUAUUUUGUUUGUUGUGAAACUUGAUCAUUCUGGGGUCGAUCCCACGUAGUGCCAUGAGUAUGUACUGCUGAACAGUCAUAAACUAAAAUGAGAACGGCCAUCUACUGUCUCACAGUUAUUAUUAAUACGGCGGAGAAUAUUCAUAGUUCAGGUGGAUGAUCUUGGUUUCAUUGUGUUCUCUGAGAUAGGUUGUUUAAUUGUAGAGUUCUCAUUGUCUUUCUAGACGACAUCAUCAGGACUAACUUCACUAUGAAGUGAUCUGUCAAUAUCUCUCCGUCACGGAUUUAGUAGCUUGUCUCGACGAUCUGGUCUGUAACUAGUUGUUUCCUUUCAUUGUUGUGUCAUUGACUUCAUAGAUUUUCUUGUUGGCUAUUCCUCUGCUUGACCUCUUGCUUUUCUGUUGUUUGUCAUUUUUCCUAUUGGUUGAUAGAUUGGAUCUAUGUCUAUACACCUAUUGAUUGCUGACUGACUGACUGACUGACCUGAAUGUCAAGCCUCUAGGAAUUCACUGAUAUUCUUUGUGUUUCCUCUCUCCCUCCCAUGUUUGUAGAUUGUCGAAAUUCAAUUCAUGUCCAUUGUUGUUAUCCAGGUGCAUUGAAAUGAGUGAUGAAGUGUUGUGUGUGACGUUUAAUAGUCAAUUGGUGUUCAUGUAGACGAAGGUGAAGGGGGCGACCACUUUGUCUAAUGUAGUGUUGACUGCAGUUAUUGUCGUUGAUUUUGUAAAUGAUAUUCGGUUUGUCUUCUUUGGUUGUUGCAUCCUUCGGUUUGGAUGAUGGUGUUUAGAGGGAAUUUGUUGGUUUAUGAGCCAGCUAGCCACCUAGCCACCAAUUCCACUAAGUGAUCUCAGUAAUCUUGUCGUGAUUUCUGAUGUAUUCAUUGUUUAUGUAGGAUGGAAUGAUGCGUUUAUUGAUUUGUGUCGAUGACUUUUUAGUUGAUGAUGUACGAGAUAGGCAUCUUUUGAUAAAGUUUCUUGGUUAGUCGUUCUUCUUUAGGAUGGACAUCAAGUAAUUUUCUUUGUUUUCCCGUGAAUAUUAUUAUUAUUACUAUUAAUAUACUAUCCAGCUGAAGUUUUAGUAGUAUGGCGAUUAAAUUAAAGUUCUUCUUUUCCUGUAAUCUUUUCAAUCUAGUUGACGACUCUUCAAAAUCUCGUACCGGUAGUAAUUUAAGCAAAAGUCAGUCAGAUGAACAAAUUCAUAGGAAAAGUGAACAAAUGCUAGCUGAACUAGACUUAGUACAUAAAUUGAUGAAUUCACCAGAAGAAAUGGGUUUAGACCAUGAACAUGGUAAAGAUAAUGAGACGGAAUGUUAUGUACAGACAAUAUGUGAGCCAUGUUCAGUCAGUAAGGCUGGGAUUAACUUUGAUCUUCUGCUCCGUCGUAUUGACACAACAAAUGCACGUGUAACUACACUCAUCAAUCUGUGCACUACAGCUGUCCUGGCCUCGGAUACAAGUGCUAUCAACUUUCUAGUGAACAGUUUAAAGCGUAUGCGGAGGAAACAAAAUCUGUCAAUCAAUGAAGCUGAUGAUAUGAUGUCAACAUUUUUAAAAGAUCCCCUUGUUCUGUUGCGUUCAAGGAAGAAAGGGAACAGAAAUGAAGCUGGUGGUGGUGAGGAAAAGGCUGUUACAUUCAGCAUUAAUUAUCCUGAAGACGAUGAUGAAGAUGAGGAUGAGGAUGAAAUAAAUGGUGUAAGUGAUGAGACAGAAAUCCGUUGGGAAAUGAAUAGUUUACAUUUGAGCACUGACAAUUCAACCAGCGACAGCGACGAUGAAGGUCCAACACCUGAGUACGUUUUGAAUCUGUCAAAACAGAUACGUAAAACAGAAGGUACACGACUGAAACAAAAUCUACGUUUAUUACGUCAUAAGAAAUCAUCAACAACAGUGAUUGCAACAGGAGCAGGUGUAGCAGGAGGUUCAUCUGUACCAGGAAGUAUUAGUAAAAAAGCCUCAUUCAAUGUACCACCACCACUGAACCCACUUGGGCAUAAUCGUAAUGAUCUCUUGAGAGCACAUGCAACAGUACCAAGUGGACUGUGUCAACAAGGUCGUAAGAUAUCGUCUUCUUCUAUGGUAUCAUCAACAGGCGGUUCGUGUCAUACCGAUGGAAGUAUGAAAUUAACUCCAACACUACCGUUUAAUCUGCUGAGCCUGACAGGACAGUUAUCGUGGCUUAUCUCUGAAUAUCUUGAACGUGGCAGUUCAACAUAUAAAUGGGCCACUGAAUUAAUUAAUUCGAUUGUUAAAAUGUCAGUAAAUCGUUCAACAUGGUUAAAUGUUCAUCAACAACUCAGGGAAACAACUGAAUUGUUAUAUUCACAUCGUGAUCAACUAAUGAAAAAUCCUUGUUCUGCAUCUGAAACACCUCAAGGUGAAAUUGCCUGGACUAAGCUGCAAGCUAUUCAUCAAGCUAUUCUACUCGGGGACUUAAACUCUAGUACAAUUACUUCAGACCGGUUAAAAAUGUUGCAUAAAUCUGUUAUACAAAACAGUGGUAGUACUACUACUACUAAUAAUAAUAAUGAUAGUGAUGAUAAUAACAGCAAGACAGACAGGAGACUAGUUCAGUUGUCAGGCUUGUUAGAGAAGAAAUUACACUUGGCGUAUUUAUGUGACUUACUAUUAUGGAAAGCGCAUAAAAUCAUCUUGAUGGAUCAUGGUUAUGAUGAUGAAGAUAUAGCCAAGUGUCAACUGAUGGAUUUCCAGAUACGUCUGUUAGAAUUACAACUGGAUCAAGCCAAUGGACAGAAUUGGUCAUCGGCGUUAAUGGAUUAUAUCAUGUGUUGGAUGUGUGAAAUUUGUGAAUGGAAAAGAGAAUUCAAUCCAAACACUUCAGAUAUUGACUAUUUUAUAUGGAAUGAAUUGUAUGUGUUUAAAAAUUCUGUUCAUAAUCUACUCGACUUGGUGAAAACAUUGAAUUCGUGUAAACUGAUACGAUCAGCUUUCGAUGAAAACUAUAAAAAUGCAACUGACAACACUACUAGCAGUAAUGGUAGUGGUAGUAACAGUAGUAUCGGUAAUACUAUGAAUUCAGAUACUUCCCUAGCAGAUAUUUCGACAAAAGGACAAUCUCAUCGUUCCCAUCAUUAUCAUCCACAUCAUCAUCAUCACAGUCAAGGAGACUUUCGUGCGCUAGAUGCUGAUCGAUGCUCUCGUUCAUAUGCAGCCUUGAUUAGACAAAUACAAGAACAUGCUAUGAAGAAUAGACCUCUUAGCUAUUUCGCGGAACGUGCUCUUUACGAUAUUGCAGUGGAGUUAGGUUGUCCAGUUAAUUGGGAUGAACGAUUCGACAGUUUAAGCAAGGAAUUGCAAUAUGCAUGGCAGGAAUGGGAAUUGAUCAUACAAGAAAAAAUUGAUCGUGAUUUCUAGUCCAUUAUUGUUUGUUACUGAAAUGAAUAUCUAUUCCCUAAUCCGUGCCCUAUCAUCGUAAUCCUUAAAAAAUCUAUUUUUUGCCACUACACUGUUUUUAUGCCAUAACUAUCCUAACGGUACACUACAGUAAUAACAUUUAUUUUUCUAACUUAAGUAGAAAAACAAGUUUUUGAGUACUUUUCAAAAAACGGAAAACAAUAGCAUAGAAAGAAACAGUUUUCACUCUUCUAGUUCCUUCUAUGUUCUUCUCUCUCUCUUUCCAUCUUCUCUUUGUUUUCUACGAGCUCUAAAAUCUCUAUUGAAACAAUAAUUCAGAUUAUUCUCUAAGUAUUACUAAUUAAAAUUAAAAUAUUUUCAUUGCUUUAAGCUAACUUUCGUCAAAAUUUUACUAACUAAUUAUCAUUACUACUGUUCAUGUAUUUUUUAAAGGUAAUAUUAUACUGUUAACAAUGAUCAUUUAUUUUUGUGCACUGGCAUAACAUGCGAUUUUUACUUAUCUGAGUCGAAAUAAAGGAAGAAUACUAUUUUCUGUGUAGACAUU